AUGGAUUGGCAGCCCAACCCAGAGUCCCUGCGGACUCUUGCAGCAUGUCUGAAGGAUUCUCUGAGUGGCUUUGACAAGGCCGCGCAGAAACAGGCCGAAGUUAUGCUCGCCCAAGCAAAAGCGAGCCCGGAUCUCAACAGUUACCUGGCCUACAUCUUUUCAAGUGCUGGGCCACCCGCUGGUCUGGCGCAAUCCCCUAAUGACUGGCACCUGGUCCGCUCAGCCGCCGCCGUCAUGCUGAAGAACAACGUCAAGUCAAACUACAAGCAGAUCCCCGAAACAAGCAUUGCCCUGAUCAAGCUUGCAGUCCCCAUGGGCAUCCAGGACAGCAACUCCCAGAUUCGCAGUUAUGCCGGCAACAUUGCGACCGAGAUGAUCCAACGGGGCGGCCUCUACAGCUGGCCUGAGCUGCUGCAGGAGUUAUUGAAGCUGCUCGGCAACGAGUCGGGCCAGGUGUCCAACGAGGCCCAAGAGGGCGCCAUGGCGGCUAUGGCCAAGAUCUGCGAAGACAACACGAAGUUGCUGGAGCGGGAGCACAAUGGCCAGCGGCCCCUCAACGUCCUUCUUCCCAAGUUCAUCCAGGCGACCAAGAGCCCCUUGCCCAAGGUCCGCGCCCAGGCGCUGACGGCUAUCAACAUCUUCACGCCCAGGAAAUCCCAGGCCAUGCUCAAUUCCAUCGACGACCUCUUACAGCAUCUCUUCUUCCUCGCAGAGGACCCUGUGGCCGACGUCCGGCGCCAAGUCUGCCGUGCUUUCGUCCGCCUCGUCGAGACCAGGCCAGACAAGCUCCUGCCCCACCUCAGCGGUCUCGUCGAAUACAUUAUUUCACAGCAAAAGAGCGAUGACGAGGACCUUGCUUGCGAAGCUGCCGAAUUCUGGCUGUCGGUUGGUGAGCACGACGAUUUGUGGCGGAGUCUCGAACCGUACAUUCAAAAGAUCAUCCCCGUGUUGCUUGAGUGCAUGGUGUACAGUCCAGAAGAUAUCGCUAUGCUGGGAGGCGAAUCGGACGAUGAGGAUGAGGAAGAUCGUGAAGAGGACAUCAAGCCCCAGUUCGCAAAGAAGAACCUCAAGCGCGGCGCCAACACGGAAGGAUCGGCGGAGGCGAGCCAGAACGGCAAUGCGUAUGAGAGGUUGGCGAGCAUGGAUGACGACCUAGAAGAGGGCGAGAUCGAUGAUGAGCUGGACGAAGAGGGCGACGAGAAUCCCGACGAGAAGUGGACCCUCCGCAAGUGCUCGGCCGCAGCCCUCGACGUUUUCGCCACCGAUUUUGGAGGCCCCGUCUUCACCUCCAUCCUGCCGUAUCUGCAGACCAACCUAAAGCACGAAGAUUGGCCGUACCGGGAGGCCGCCGUACUGGCACUCGGCGCUGUUGCCGAGGGCUGCAUGGAUGUUGUGAUCCCCCAUCUCCCCGAACUCAUCCCCUACCUCAUCAGCCUACUUGACGAUCCGGAACCCGUCGUCCGGACAAUAACAUGCUGGACGCUGGGACGGUACUCGGCGUGGGCAGCAAAUUUGAGGGAUCCCGCCCAAAGACAGACUUACUUUGUACCCAUGAUGGAUGGCAUUCUCCGGAAGAUGGUGGAUAAGAACAAGAAGGUCCAGGAGGCGGGCGCGUCGGCCAUGGCCAACUUGGAGGAAAAGGCAGGCAAGCAACUUGAGCCGUUCUGCGGGCCCAUCAUUCAGCAGUACGUCGUGUGCUUCAACAAGUACAAGGACAAGAACAGGUGGAUUCUCUACGACUGCGUUCAGACCUUGGCCGAGCACAUCGGCCCUGUGCUGGCACGGCCCGAACUCUGUAACCAACUGAUGCCCGCUCUGAUCGACCGGUGGCAGAAGGUCCCUGACCAGUCGAGAGAGAUGUUUCCCCUUCUGGAAUGCCUGUCGUACGUUGCUAUCGCGCUUGGCGACGCCUUCACUCCCUACGCCGAACCUAUCUUUGCUCGUUGCGUCAACAUCAUCCAUCAGAACCUGGAGCAGACUCUCGCCGCCAAUAACAACCCAGACUUUGACCAGCCCGACAAGGAUUUCUUGGUCACCAGUCUGGACCUUCUGAGCGCCAUCAUCCAGGCUCUGGACGACGUGAAGGCGGUCAAGCUGGUCCAGAGCAGUCAGCCAGCCUUCUUUGAGCUCCUGAGCUUCUGCAUGGAAGACCCAGCCGAUCAGGUGCAGCAGUCGGCAUACGCACUCCUCGGCGACUGCUCCAAGUUCGUCUUUGAGCAGCUGAAACCUUUCCUGCCUUCCAUCCUUCCUAUUCUGCUCAAACGGCUAGACCUGGAGAACAUACUGGACGAGGAGGUGGAUGAGAGUUUUGCCGUCGUCAACAACGCUUGCUGGAGUGCGGGCGAGAUUGCCAUGCAGUACAAGAAGGGCAUGGCGCCAUUCGUACCAGAGCUCCUCCAGCGCUGUGUCGAGAUCAUCUCCAAUCCCGGCGUGCCCCCUGGCGUGACCGAGAACGCGGCGAUUGCGCUCGGCAGGCUGGGUCUCGAUAACUACGACCUUCUUGCCCCACACCUAGCCAAGUUUUCUGAGGAGUUCCUCAAGGCGAUGGACGACAUCGACCCGUCUGAGGAGAAGGCGACGGCGUUCAAGGGUUUCAGCAUGGUGGUGGCGCACAACCCACAAACAAUGGAGAAGGAUCUCUUGCACUUCUUCACCUCGAUCGCCCGGUAUCGGGAUCUGAAGCUGCAGAACCCCGUCAAGCAGGAGUUGCACGAGAUCCUGCAGAAUGUGCUUAACAUCUACCGCCAACUCAUUCCCCAGUUCAACGACUUCAUCGCGCAGCUCCAGCCCCAGGAUCAACAGGCACUAAAGGCCACCUACGCCCUCUGA